AUGACUUCUGCAUAUCCCAGUGCAAAUGGAAUUAAUCACCGCGACAUUGCCAUCGCCACCGCAACAACAGCAGAUAGUAUUCACUGGCUCAAGACAUACGGAUUGUUAAAUACUAAAAAAAUAUGUCCCUCUUGUGGAGCUAGCAUGAGGGAAGUAGCCAAAAACAAUUUGUCAGAUGGCAUGAUAUGGUCAUGUGGAAGGCCUUGUAGAAAAAUGAUUUCCAUUAGAAAGGGAACAUUUCUAGAUAAUAGCAAAUUGAAAUGCGAGCAAAUUAUAGAUAUAUUAUAUUAUUGGGCAAAGGGAGAUUUAGCUAAGAAUUUAGGCCAGGAAUGUCGUAUAGCAAAUGUAGCUGUAACAGAUUGGAGGAAUUACUGCCGUGAUGUAUGUGCAGAGUAUUAUAUUGCGCAAAAUAUUAAGUUAGGCGGACCAAACCGAAUAGUGGAGAUAGAUGAAAGUGCGUUUGUUAGAAGAAAAUAUAAUGUUGGCCAUCGUGUUAAAACGCAGUGGGUGUUUGGUGCUUUAGAAAGCGAUACGAGAAGAUGUUUUUUGGUGACGGUGGAAGAUCGGUCAUCAGAUACCCUUUUAGAAAUUAUACAAGAUCGGAUAUUACCAGGAACAACAAUAAUUUCUGACCUCUGGCGUUCAUAUAAUACACUAAACACGCUAGGAUAUAGACAUUUAACCGUGAACCAUUCAAUAAAUUUUGUUGAUCCGGUUACAUUUGCCACAACAAAUCACAUCGAAAGCCUAUGGAAACACGCCAAGAACAGGAACAAAAGAGAAAAUGGGACAACCCGGAAUUCACCGCAAACACAUCUAAUAGAAUUCAUGUGA